AGUCAAGAAGAGUCAGGAACGCGGAGCGCCUAAGACGGGCUUUCUAAUAUUGAAGCCGAAUUGAAACGCUUUCCGCGUCUCAAUUGAUCACUCAGUUUCUUCGCGAUCUUCAGCCGACACAGCCAAAAAUCUAAUCUCUCUCACCUUCGCCACCGGGGCACCGGAAGUCGAUGAUGAAGCGCUCUGAGUUCUCACGGUAGUUAUGAGGUGAUUUCUAUGAAGCUUUUGUACUCUUGUGCCGCGGAGAAAAAGCGUAGAAUGGCGCCAAACGCCUCUGGAUUAUCAAUUGGUGGCAAAAUAUUGUGGAACAAUGCAAAAUGACACUGAAACAGAGUGUCCAGAAAGUGUGAGUGAAUCCAAGGAGCAGGACGAUGACGCCACAAGGAAUCCCAUUCUCGUUCCUGGAGAUCCCGCCGAGUGGAAUGCUCAGCACAUUGAAUCCUGGCUGGAGUGGACGACGAGGGAGUUCCAGAUCGAUCCACCGCCUCAGCCAUCACGAUUUCCCACGACCGGACAGGAGCUGGUGAGCCUCUCGAGGGCGGACUUCUGGGUCUGCGCAGGCUCGAAGCUCGGAGGAAAUCUCCUCGCCAAGCACAUCGCUCACCUGAUCCACAGCGCAACAGGAAGAUCUCAGAGUCCUCUUCUCAGCGACGAAGAUCCAGAUCCAUAUCAAUUGCUGAACGCUGCCUCGCAUAGAUUGGUGGCGCAGGGCUCCGGCCAGAUCCAAUUGUGGCAGUUUCUUCUGGAGCUCCUCGCUGAUUCGUCGAAUUCCGGUUGCAUAACAUGGGAGGGAACGAAUGGGGAAUUCAAGCUCACAGACCCGGACGAGGUGGCGCGACGCUGGGGCGAACGCAAGGCUAAGCCCAACAUGAACUACGACAAACUGAGUCGGGCUCUGCGUUACUAUUACGACAAGAACAUCAUGACGAAGGUGCACGGCAAGCGGUAUGCGUACAAAUUCGACUUCCACGGCCUCAUGGCGGCCUGCCAGGCCCAGGCGCAGGGCGCGGACGCCACGGGGAUGAUCUCUGCGGCCACGGCGGCGGGAUAUGGCAAGUACGGGAUGCACGGUGGCGCUGCGGAGCUGGGCCCCAGUGUCUACUCGCAGGUGUCCGGCGGCGUGAAGCCCGGCGUGCCGACGCCGUCGACCCAUCUCUUCCCGCCGCCACCCUACUGGCCCUACUCCCCGCCGCCCUUCGACCCCCGCCCGCCGUCCUCCUUCUGA